UCAUUUUCAGAAUGAGUUUGUCUUUGUUGUCUCGCAGGUUUUGCUCCUCAUCUGCGAAGCCCAAAACGGGAAUUCUAAUGUUAAAUAUGGGAGGACCCGCGAAUGUUGGCGAAGUGAACAUGUUUUUGACCAGGCUUUUCCAGGACCGAGAUCUAAUCCCGCUGGGACCCUUUCAGAAAUACCUCGGACCCCUCAUCGCUAAGCGCAGGACGCCGGAGAUCCAGAAAAAGUAUUCGGAAAUUGGAGGCGGAUCGCCAAUUCGUAUGUGGACUGAAAAACAAGGCGAAGCAAUGGUUAAAAUGUUAGAUCAAAUUAGCCCUCAAUCAGCGCCUCAUAAAUAUUACAUAGGGUUCCGUUACGUAGACCCUUUAGUCGAAGAUUCAAUAGUGGAAAUGGAAAAGGAUGGCAUUGAGCGUGCCAUUGCAUUCACUCAGUAUCCUCAAUAUUCAUGCUCCACUACUGGUUCCAAUCUCAACGCAGUAUACAGACAUUACCUUAGUCUAUGCAAAAAGCCAGAAGACGAUCCUUUCUCAAUGGCUAGCAAGCUGAAAUGGUCAGUGAUUGACAGAUGGCCCACACAUCCGAAACUCGUCCGUGCUUUCGCCGACUCAGUUCGAGAGUGCCUCGAAGAAUUCGACGAGGAUAAACGAGACGAAGUAGUGAUUCUGUUCUCAGCGCAUUCGCUGCCGACUAGUGUUGCGUUCCGAGGCGACACGUACCCAGCGGAAGUAGCCGCGACCGUGAUGGCGGUAAUGAAUGAUAUCAAAUUCUCGAACCACUACAGACUUGUGUGGCAGUCUAAAGUGGGACCCCAGACAUGGCUCGGUCCCCAGACUGAUGAAGCGAUAGAAGGGUUGGCAAAAUUGGGCAAAAAGAAUAUAAUGCUUGUGCCAAUUGCAUUCGUGAAUGAUCAUAUUGAGACACUGCAUGAAUUGGACAUUGAGUAUAUGGAAGAGUUGGGUGAAAAACUGGACGUCAAUAUCAAAAGAGCGAAAACUCUGAACGACCGACCAGUGUUUCUGGAAGCGCUGGCGGAAAUUGUGAAAGAACACGUUGAAACUGGAUACAAUCAUACUAAACAGUUAACUGUGAGAUGUCCAAACUGUGUAAACCCCACUUGUGCUGCUAUGAGAAAAUUUUUUAUUCCUUCAUACUAAGGUCUCGAACUCAGGGCUCAGAGAACUUCAUGCACUCAGAAUGGGCAUACUUACUUAACAGACACUUUAUUCUAAAUUCUGUAUUAUUUUUGUUCCGACCACUGAAAAUGAGAAGGAAAUUUGUAUUCGUGUUUUUUUUUCAUGCAGAAUCACAUACUAAAAAUCGGGGGUCAAUCGAUGCAUAAAAAAUUGAAAAAAUUCUUGCGGUUUUGAGAAAAAUAAGCUCAUUUUUUUAAUUCUGAAUCAUUCAAUGUUGA